UGGGGUCGCGCGCUGAACAGUUCGCGCGGGAGCGGGACGUCAGGGCGUUGGGUCGGCAGGUCUCUAAGAACUGGAGCUGCUGCGGGGCGAAGGGGAAGCCAGGAUGGCGACUUCGAGCCGGAAGACCUCGACCCCAAGCCCCCUGGCCUCCAAGAGAUGUCACCCGAAAGAUCCAUCGUCGGAGGUCCCGAGCAAGAGUAGUAGGAGUUCGGCGCCGCCCCUGCCGUUGCCGUCGGCCGGACCUUUUGUGGAAGGGUCUAUCGUCCGCAUCGCGAUGGAGAACUUCCUAACAUACGAUAUCUGUGAAGUAUGCCCUGGACCCCAUUUGAAUAUGAUUAUUGGAGCUAAUGGGACAGGGAAGUCCAGCAUUGUGUGUGCCAUUUGCCUUGGAUUAGCGGGCAAACCUGCUUUCAUGGGACGGGCAGAUAAGGUUGGCUUUUUUGUGAAGAGAGGGUGUUCCAAAGGCAUGGUUGAAAUUGAAUUGUUCAGGACUUCUGGAAAUCUUAUAAUUACCCGUGAGAUUGAUGUGGCAAAAAAUCAGUCCUUGUGGUACAUCAACAAAAAAUCAACAACCCUGAAAACAGUAGAAGAAAAAGUUGCAGCCUUAAAUAUUCAAGUGGGAAAUCUUUGCCAGUUUCUACCUCAGGAUAAAGUUGGAGAAUUUGCUAAACUCAGUAAAAUUGAACUACUUGAAGCUACUGAGAAAUCAAUUGGACCUCCAGAAAUGCACAGAUACCACUGUGAGCUCAAAAACUUCAGGGAGAAAGAAAAACAACUAGAGACCUCAUGCAAAGAAAAAACUGAGUAUCUAGAGAAAAUGAUUCAGAGGAAUGAAAGAUACAAACAAGAUGUGGAGAGGUUCUAUGAACGUAAGCGACACUUAGAUUUGAUUGAGAUGCUUGAAGCAAAAAGGCCGUGGGUGGAAUAUGAAAAUGUUCGUCAGGAAUAUGAAGAAGUAAAGCUAGCUCGUGACCGAGUGAAGGAUGAAGUCAGAAAACUUAAAGAUGGGCAGAUUCCUAUUACCCAUCGAAUUGACGAAAUUGAAAAGCAGCGUCACACUUUGGAGGCUCGAAUCAAAGCAAAGGCAACAGAUAUUAAGGAGACAUCUCAAAAAUGCAAACAAAAACAAGAUGUUAUAGAAAAGAAAGAUAAACACAUUGAGGAACUUCAGCAGGCUUUAAUCGUAAAACAGAAUGAAGAGCAUGACCGACAGAGGAGAAUAAGUAAUACCCGCAAAAUGAUAGAAGAUUUGCAAAAUGAACUGAGGACCACAGAAAACUGUGUGAAUCUUCAACCCCAGAUUGAUGCCAUUACAAUUGAUCUGAGACGGGUUCAAGAUGAAAAGGCAGUGUGUGAAAGCGAGAUAAUUGAUAAGCACAAAGAGAGGGAAACUCUAGAGAAGGAGAAAAAGAGUGUGAAUGAUCAAAUUGUACAAUUUGACAAUCUUAUGAAUCAAAAGGAAGAUAAGCUGAGACAGAGGUAUCGUGACACGUAUGAUGCUGUUUUAUGGCUGAGAAAUAACAGAGACAGAUUUAAGCAAAGAGUCUAUGAGCCCAUAAUGCUCAUGAUCAAUAUGAAAGAUCAUAAAAAUGCCAAAUAUAUUGAAAAUCAUAUUCCACCAAAUGACUUGAGAGCCUUUGUAUUUGAGAGUCAGGAAGAUAUGGAGGUUUUCCUCAAAGAGGUUCGUGAUAAUAAAAAGUUAAGAGUAAAUGCUGUUAUUGCUCCUAGGAGUUCAUAUGCAGACAGAGCACCUGCAAGGCCUUUAAAUGAACUAAAACAAUAUGGAUUCUUCUCUUACCUGCGGGAGCUGUUCGAUGCGCCUGCUCCUGUCAUGAGCUACCUAUGCAGCCAGUAUCAUAUCCAUGAAGUUCCUGUAGGGACCGAAAGGACCAGAGAGAGAAUUGAACGGGUAAUACAAGAAACCCGAUUAAGACAAAUGUACACAGCAGAAGAAAAGUAUGUGGUGAAAACUUCCUUUUAUUCAAAUAAAGUUAUUUCUAGUAACACAUCCCUAAAAGUAGCCCAGUUUCUCACAGUCACCGUGGAUCUAGAGCAAAGAAGACACCUAGAAGAACAUCUAAGGGAAAUUAAUAGAAAAUUGCAAGCAGUGGAAUCAGGGUUGAUUGCCUUGCGUGAAACAAACAAACAUCUAGAACACAGAGAUAAUGAACUUAGACAAAAGAAGAAGGAACUUGUUGAAAGGAAAACCAAGAAAAGACAAUUGGAACAAAAAAUUAGUUCCAAACUAGGAAGUUUAAAGAUGAUGGAACAGGAUACUUGCAACCUUGAAGAAGAAGAGCGAAAAGCAAGUACCAAAAUUAAAGAAAUAAAUGUUCAAAAAGCAAAGCUUGUUACCGAAUUAACAAACCUAAUAAAGAUUUGCACUUCUUUGCAUAUACAAAAAGUAGAUUUAAUUCUUCAAAAUACUACAGUGAUCUCUGAGAAGAACAAAUUAGAAUCAGAUUAUAUGGCUGCAUCAUCACAACUACGUCUCAAAGAGCAACAUUUCAUUGAGUUGGAUGAAAACAGACAGAGAUUAUUGCAGAAAUGCAAGGAACUGAUGAGGAGAGCUAGGCAAGUAUGUAACCUGGGUGCAGAGCAGACCGUUCCUCAGGAGUACCAGACACAAGUACCCACCAUUCCAAAUGGACACAACUCCUCACCCCCCAUGGCUUUCCAGGAUCUUCCAAACACAUUGGAUGAAAUUGAUGCUUUAUUAACUGAAGAAAGAUCAAGAGCUUCUUGCUUCACGGGAUUGAAUCCUACAGUUGUUGCAGAAUACACAAAAAGAGAAGAAGAGAUAGAACAAUUAACUGAGGAACUAAAGAUAAAGAAAGUUGAACUGGAUAAGUAUAGGGAGAGCAUUUCACAGGUGAAAGAGAGGUGGCUUAAUCCUUUAAAAGAGCUGGUAGAAAAAAUUAAUGAAAAAUUCAGCCAUUUUUUUAGUUCCAUGCAGUGUGCUGGUGAAGUUGAUCUCCACACAGAAAAUGAGGAAGACUAUGAUAAAUAUGGAAUUCGAAUUAGAGUCAAAUUCCGCAGUAGUACACAACUGCAUGAAUUAACGCCUCAUCAUCAGAGUGGAGGUGAAAGAAGUGUUUCCACCAUGUUAUACCUGAUGGCACUUCAGGAACUUAAUAGAUGUCCAUUCCGAGUAGUUGAUGAAAUCAAUCAGGGAAUGGACCCUAUCAAUGAACGCAGAGUAUUUGAAAUGGUUGUAAAUACUGCUUGUAAAGAGAAUACUUCUCAGUACUUCUUUAUUACACCAAAGCUCCUCCAAAAUCUCCCUUAUUCUGAAAAGAUGACAGUAUUGUUCGUCUACAAUGGUCCUCAUAUGCUGGAACCCAACAGAUGGAACUUGAAAGCUUUCCAGAGACGGCGGCGCCGUAUUACGUUCACUCAGCCUUCUCAGUAAAAGUAAAAGCAGAGAACUCUGGAUUUUGUUAAAUUCUCUUUACAGCUCAUCCGAAUAAAAGGAGGUUCGUUAAGGCUAAAAGACCAGUUGUUUUUGAAACCUGCUGUUAAGUACAAAUGGGUUGAUGAAUGAAGACCGUAAUAACUUUUUUCUGUGGAAUAUCACCUCCUGGUGGUAAAAGUUAAGUCUUUCUCAGUCUCUGUUGGCUGCAGUCCUUAGCACUCUGACCAGUCAUUGGGUUCCCCAGUUACAAGGCACUAUUUCAAAUUAGUCAUAGUGGAAGGUGUUACUGGUCAUGAGAAGUUUAGUUGACGUGGUAACCCUGAGCUUUAAUUGCAGAGUCAAUUAUUUUACAGUCUGAAGAAGACUCUAGAACUUAAGUGAUAGUUUUCUCCCAGUGUUAUGCUUAAUUUUUUUAAAUUGUUAUGGAAAAGGCUAGUCUUACGUACAAUAAUAAUUUAUGACAAAUCUGUUUGUUUCUUCCUGUUAAAAAGGAUUUCCUUAUCACCACUAGGAAAUGGAAUUUUAUAAGCCUUUUAAAAAAGUUUCAUGAAAUUUGAUGCUGUAAUUGUAUUGGUAUCUCAAAGGGCAAAAAGUACUGGGGCUCCGGAACAGUAGUGGGCCUUCUUGGAAAUGCCACAGGUGGUCCUCCAGAUGAUGCAAAGGCAACCAAAAGAUUGACAGAAACUAAAAUCAAGUGACAGGGUUUUUAAGGAAUGACUCUUGUAAAGUGUGGGGUUUUUUUAAUUUAAAGUCAAUUGUAUUUUACAUCUUAAAUUUCUAAAAGCAUUUUUAUAAUUAUUUUAGUAAGAUUUUUCUUAAGAUUUCAUAUACUAAUUUCUACAAUUUAUAUUUUAGAAUUUCUCAGUGUUAUGUAAAGAGUGAGGGCAAGCAUUGAUUUGUGUAAAACCGUAAUGUUUCUGGAACUUAAGCUUACAGGUUUUUCCAUACAGUGUUGCUCCUACCCCAUUUCUUAGAAAAUCUAAUUUAAACUGGUUCUUUCAGCAUGAAAGAAUGAGAUGAGGAAAUUAUUUAUCUGAGUUAUACCAAUUAACAGUGCCAAAUUCUAUUCCUUUUAAAAAAUAAACUUUUAAGAUAAUGGAUGAGUACAAGGACAUGUGUUUGAACAGUGGAUUGGAUUUGUACCAGUAAUAACAAAAUUAUUUCUUUUUGACUUGGUAGCCUGAAUAAAUAUUAGAAAAAUUGCAUUCAGUUUGGGUUUUGUAUGUUCUUAAAUAGCCACUGAAAUUUAUAUUCUUAUUAUGUCAAAAAAUAAUGAACCAUAGUUUAUGUCCUCUCCCUUGGACAUUUUCUCUUUAAAAACAUUUUUUCUUUGUAAAAAAUUUUUUUAAAAAACUUCUCCUCUUAAACUAAGUCUAAUGCAUGUACUAUGAAAAUAUUUUUAAAUAACAUUUUUAUCAAUAUGAACAUACAAACAUUGAAAAACUUGGUAAGUUGAUAUUGUUACCAAAAGUGUUUGUUGUCUAAUACUUUGUUUUCUGCCGAAAUAUCUCCACUAACAUGUGCUUGGUGUAGUAUGUUUAUUGUCUGAGUUAGUGCCAAUCAUCUUAUUCCUGCAAAAUGAGUAUCAGUGUGAAAAAAGAAGCUUGAAGAUUAGGUGUGUUUGAAAAUAAAAUGCAUUGGUCAAUUUUAUUUCACUUUACAUGUGCCAACAAUUAUUCCAUACCUUGUUUGUUAGCAUUUAUAUUUCUUUACUGGAAAAGGUUAAUUUUUGGUUUUGUAUUGAAUUUGAGCUGUGAAGGAUAAAUUAUACAUCAUUUCAACAUAUUAAUAAAAGAAUAAGUCUGGUACAUUAGUCUCUGCCACUUAAAACUUCAUAUAUUUUCUGCAAAAGUUGAUUUUGAAUUUCAUUCCAAUUGUAAAAACUUUAAAGUCUGAUUUGAUGAAUAAAAUAUUUAAGACCUUAAGGUAACAAGCAUUUUCAAUGACAGAAACCUUCAUUGAUUUGCUUAAGGGAGAGAGUCUCUUUGGAAAGGUUUUCCAUAUUCCAAGUAAGAGGAAAGAUUUCUUGCUGCUUUCUACUUGCCUUUUGAACAUGUGCUUAUUUCUUUGGGAUUUGAAUCUUUAUUAUGUGGGAAAUGUAAUUUUGUCCUUCUGUUGUACAUGUCUGUAUGUGUAUGUGUGUGUAAUUGAAAACUGGGAAAAUACUACCUUGUUGAUAAUAAAAGCAAAUUUUCAUAUUCUUUCA